AUGGGAACUCAAAAGAAGGAAAAGCAAAGGAGAGUCAAACAAAAUGAUACAAGAGAUGGAAAUUUGCGAGUGAAGGGUGAAAAUUUCUAUCGUGAUGCUAAAAAGAUUAAACAUUUAAAUAUGUAUAAACAAGGAAGAGCAAUCAGAAAUGCUAAAGGUGAUAUAAUAAAAGCAGCAGAUCUACAGAGUACUGAUGCUCCGAUAGCAAGAGUGGACCCCAACAGAAGAUGGUUUGGAAAUACAAGAGUUAUUGCUCAAGAUGCUUUGAGUCAUUUCCGAGAAGCUAUGGGUGAUAAAAAGGAUAAUUCAUAUCAAGUUUUAUUGAAGAGAAAUAAAUUACCAAUGUCCUUGUUGAAUGAAAAAGAUCAAACGGAAAGCCCUACUGCAAAAAUCGUGGAAACAGAAUCAUACCAAUCAACGUUUGGACCAAAACAACAACGUAAAAAACCAAGAGUCGCAGCAUCGUCAUUGGAAGACUUGAUGUCUAAUGCUGAACAAGAUUCCACGUCAUAUACUGAAAAACAAGAAUUAGAUGCCACAUUGGGUUUGAUGGGUGGAUCAAUUUUGGAUAAAGAUGAUUUUACACAAGAAGCAAAAGAAGCCAUCUUCCAUAAGGGACAAAGUAAAAGAAUAUGGAACGAAUUAUAUAAAGUCAUUGACUCCAGUGAUGUUGUGAUACAUGUGCUAGAUGCAAGAGAUCCCUUAGGAACAAGAUGUGAGAGUGUGGAGAAAUAUAUUAAAGAAGAAUGUUCACAUAAACAUUUAAUUUAUGUUUUGAAUAAAUGUGAUCUAGUCCCAACAUGGGUAGCGGCUGCAUGGGUAAAACAUUUAUCAAAAUCAUAUCCAACCUUAGCAUUUCAUGCAUCAAUAACGAAUUCAUUUGGUAAAGGUUCACUAAUUCAACUUCUUCGACAAUUUUCUACAUUACAUUCGGAUAGGAAACAAAUCUCGGUAGGUUUUAUAGGGUAUCCGAAUACAGGAAAAUCUUCGAUAAUAAAUACCUUGAGGAAGAAAAAAGUUUGUACUGUUGCACCUAUUCCAGGAGAAACGAAAGUUUGGCAAUACAUUACGUUAAUGAAACGCAUAUUUUUAAUAGACUGUCCUGGUAUUGUGCCUCCAUCAUCGAAAGAUUCAGAAUCGGACAUUUUGUUCAGAGGAGUAGUGAGGGUCGAGCAUGUGUCAAACCCAGAACAAUAUAUACCUGCUAUGCUUCAAAAAUGUGAACGAAAGCAUUUAGAAAGAACAUAUGAAGUUAAAGGAUGGAGUAAAUUUGAAGAAGAACCAGAGUUAUUAGAGCAAGCAAGUAUUGAAUUUAUCGAAUUGAUUGCAAGAAAACAAGGAAGAUUAUUGAAAGGAGGAGAACCAGAUGAAAGUGGAGUCGCUAAACAAAUUUUGAAUGAUUUUAAUAGAGGGAAAAUACCGUGGUUUGUCCCACCACCUAUUGAUGAAGAAGUAAGAACUGGCGAGGAUAAAAAAGCUCGAUAUAAAAGGAAAAGAGAAUCUACGUCGAAAGAUGACCCUGUAGAUGAAGCGGAAGAGCAAGUGGAAGAUAAAGGCAUUCAAGCAUCAAAAAGAGCCAAAGUAGAUGAGUAA